UGUGUGUGUGUGAGAGAGACGUCUUUGUGUGCGCGCGCAAGGAGAAGGCUUAUGCGUGUGUGUGUGUGUGUGCGCAUGCGUAUGUGCCUGUGUAUGAAGCAAGCUCUCGGGGGCCGGGCUAGCUGCUACUUGCCGAUAGCUACAGUUGUUGGGGCAAUAGGCCAAUGGCUCGUGGUUACGCAAGUGUCGACGAAAUUCCCAGCGUGCUGCGCGCCUGCACCCGUAUGUUCAUGGCGGCGGCUAGACGGCCCGGGCCACUUUUGCUCUUUGUACUAUGUACAUUGGUAACUGCGGUUCUGCCAGGCUCUGACGAAGGGGGAUGGCAGCAGAGCAGGCUGGGGACUGCAGCAGCAGUGACAGAGGAGGAGCACUGUACUGUGGAGCGCCGGGCACACCUCACAUACCCCGAGUUCAUGCAACACUAUGCCUUCCUCAAGCCGGUCAUAUUACAGGGACUCACGGACAACUCGAGGUUCAGGGCCCUCUGCUCUCGGGAAAACCUGCUGGCCUCAUUUGGGGACAACGUUGUUCGCUUGAGUACAGCCAACACUUACUCAUACCAGAAAGUGGACCUGCCCUUCCAGGAGUAUGUGGAACAGCUGCUGCACCCCCAGGAUCCCACAUCCCUAGGCAAUGACACGCUCUACUUUUUUGGAGACAACAACUUUACUGAGUGGGCACCGCUAUUCCAGCAUUAUUCUCCACCUCCGUUUCGUCUGCUGGGAACCACCCCUGCUUACAGCUUUGGAAUUGCAGGAGCUGGAUCUGGGGUACCCUUCCACUGGCAUGGGCCUGGUUUCUCAGAGGUGAUUUAUGGUCGGAAGCGCUGGUUCCUCUACCCGCCUGAGAAAACACCAGAGUUCCACCCCAACAAGACCACACUGGCUUGGCUUCAGGAAACAUACCCAUCCCUAGCCCCAUCAACUCGGCCCCUGGAAUGUACCAUCCAGGCUGGUGAAGUGCUGUACUUCCCUGACCGGUGGUGGCACGCCACACUCAAUCUGGAUACUAGUGUCUUCAUUUCUACCUUCCUUGGCUAGCGAAACAGGCAACUGGCGAGCCCACAGCACCAGCACAUGCCAAUGUAGUGCUCACAGACUUUAUUACAGGACAGUGGCAGCAGCAGCAACCUCAGCCCACCCUUACCCGCUUUCCAGCCCAGAAGGGGGGCAGGGGAGGCUCAUGGCCCAGCAAGGGAUAUGCCGAGAAGGGGAGCAGUUCAGAACCCAUCAGCAAGGACUGAUGGGGGUAGGCCCAGGGACACAAACUAUAUACAGGAACUGGAGCUUCUGUUUCCAGACCCUCCUGGGCCAGGGUGCCAGGCAGGAUAUGGGGUCUUAGUAGUCCUCUACCCAGCCGUUCUCAGAGAUGAAUGCAUCAAUGACUUCCUUCAUGGCCAAGUUGGGGAUGAGCUGUUCCUGGGUCAGAGGGCUCCGGGUCACAGGGUCAAAGUGGCCCACACGCUGCAACAACAGAGUCAGAGUGUUCAACCACCUGAGUAUGCCUCCAAUCCUAGUCCCAAGGCCCAUGGACCCUUACCUGCAGGUGCUCCUCAAUGUCCUUACGAUCAUAAGUGAUACCACUGGGUGUGAUGCAGGGCUCCCGCAUCAGCUCAAAGCUGAUCUUGCCACACAAGUAGUCAGGGAUAUCUCGCUUCUACGGCACAAUGGGAAAAAUGUCUGGAACUGGAAGGAUCACCCCAGCACCUGCCCACAGGCUUCAAGGAAUACCCACCUUUCUUUUCUCGUCCACCUGAGAGAAGAGCUCAUCCAUGUCUGCCAUGUAUUUAUCCUGCAGAGUUGAGUGCCAUGUGUGGGCAACUCAUCUCCUCCACACAGACACACACACCUUAUGUCCACCAGGGCACUCAUGUCAUGCAUGGGCCAACAGAUCCACCAUAGGCUGGGGCACUUUCCAUGCCACACACAAAAACACACACACAACGACCCACAUGUGGACUAGGGGCACCCUCACGUGCUUGGCCUCAAUGCAGGCCUGCUGGGCCCGGAUGUGGCCAUCGUCCUCAUCACCCUCGUGGUUCCGCUGACACUCUUCCAGUUCCCUGAGGGUUAACCAGAAGCAAGUCAGUGAUGGUCCUGACCAGAGCCUUCCCCACUUCAGGCCUCUUUCCUCGGGGGCUUCCCAUGUGCCAGUGUUGUCUUUCAAUAAACACUUGUGCUGGUGA